UGCGAAGGUUGCCAAGUGACCGAGCAUUCAGCUUCCACCUCACCACCUCCAAAAUCCCCCGGCUUCUGUUUCCGCCGUCUUGCGCCUCUCCUUUCCCGCUGCCGCUCUUUCAUUACAGCAAAACUUCCGCCUGAUAGUCUUCCGGCAACCUUUCGCCGCAACAUGGCGCCCGUCAACGGAAUCGCGGGCAAGCCCGCCAAGACAGCCGCUCGAGCUUCCAGCCGACCCAUCGUCCCGGUUCUGCCCCUCAACUACCCUCAACGCCCUGCCAACAAGCCAUCGCCUGCGCCGACUGUCGCAUCGUCGUCUCCAAGUAAGGUGCCGAACGGCAUUCGGCCGAUCGAAGAGAAGUCAACUUCGGAUGUGUCGAAACAGGCUCAAGAACAGCCGAACGGAACCUCGACCGAGCCGCUCGGCUCCGCAAACGAGGCUGCUGCCACAACGCCUGCCGCUGCCCCUACCCAAGACGGUGUGAAGGCGGAGCCGACCAGGGUCGCCGCGUCGGAUGAGCAUGACAAAGACACACCGACAAUGUCGUCCACGGUUCCCGCUCGCCGAAACCAAUCACCUACCCGCCAUAGACCUCCCGGAACCACCAACCCCGCCGCCGAGCCCAGUGGCACAUCCGGCCCCGUCCCCGAAGGCCCCAUCAUGGCCCCACAUCCCGCGUUUCUGAACCGGCCGGCUUUCCAUCAGCCUCAUUCGAGCAACGGAAGCUUGGCCUUUAAUGGGUUCCACGACUCUAACACAUCCUCGCCUGCUCCUCGUCCAGGCGGCGGCGGAGGUUUCGCCCCCCCGCCGGGCUUGGUCCCCUAUCCGCCGCCCCCCAUGGACGGAUAUGGGCGGCCCUUGCUCGUUUCUCCAGCGGUCGACGGUUUCCCUCCGAAUCCCGUCAGUCAUGCUGGACCGGCCACCCCCCACAGCUUCCACGGGUCGCAAUCGUCAGCGCAGGCGGAGGAGCAUGCAUUUGGCCACUACCCUGCCAUCAACGGUACUCCCGGGCGGCCUCCCGCCUCGGCUGGGCAGGGCGCCAUGCCACCCCUCGGAAUGAACCACGCGAUGAAUGGCACUGGACACCCUGCCACAGGUUCGAUCUCGACCUUCCAGAGUAUUCGUGACCAAGAGGAGGCCUUGUCUUUCCUUAGACAUGGCAUCUCGGACAACACCUUCAACGACUGCGUUCUCGAGGUUCGCUUUCCUGAUAGCCCAGAGUUCCAGGACCAUCCCGGUUACCGGCAUCUGCACCGUGUGCUCAGAACACACGGCCACCGUUUUGUCCUCUCCCGCAGCCCGGUGCUUGCCAGCGUGAUGAAAGCCCAGGGCACCGCGCCGGGCGGCAUCAUUUUCCUCGAGGCCAACGAUGAGUACAUGAGAUCCGAUAUCUUCUGGUACUCCCUCCGCACUCUCUACGGCUGGAGUCUUGCCGAUGGCAUUCUACCCACCGAACUCCACCUUCGAGAUGCCAAAGAUGACUUGAAAACCGCGCUCGGUUACGUUGCCACAGCCCGGUAUCUGCAGCUGCCGUGGGUGCACUCUGUUGCCGUCCACCGUGCUAGUCGCCUUGUUUACUGGAACACGAUUGAGUUGGCAGUCAAGUUCGUCUCACAGAUCGGGAUCGUAUCUCCCCAAAACGACGGCUUUGGGGUCUCAGAGCUUCUGGAGCAAGUCCUCUCUUUCAUCGUCCACAACUUCCCGACCGAUUUCACUCUCGACGUGAGCGCUAGCGACUACGGUUUUGCUCGCUUCCCUCCCUCGAGCCCCACACCGCGCAACCCGAACGCACCCCCGAUCGCGAAUGGUACCUCUGGUGGGCUCCAUAGCCGCCAGUCUUCCACAACCCAAGCCCAAAUGCCCCGGAACCCGCGCGUUUCCUCCAACCUGCGCUUAUCCCAGAUCAAGUUUGGAGAUAUCUCUCCCUCCAAGAACGGGAAGUCUUCGCGCGCUUUGACCCCGAACGACACCCUCUUCUCGCGGAUCGUGCUCAACUUACCGUUUGAGCUUCUGAAGCAAGUCUUAGAACACCCCCACUUGGGAAAGCUGUCCGGAGAGCUCAGCCCUGCGUCUCGGCAGUCCAUGAUCACUGACAUCAUCGCCGAGCGCGAAUCGCGCCGGCACCGAGCCCUUGAGAGUGCGGACCCUCAACUCCGCGUCUAUCAAGAGCGUGUCGAGAACGCGACAGGGCCUCUGGUGGUAGGAAGUAUGGAAGAUUUCUGGGUCAAUAACAUGGGUUUCAAGGAAGAGGUGUUCCCCGGCGACCUCCCAUACCUUGUCCAUACCUGGUCGCAACCCACUUCCUCCAACGUCAGCACCUGAGCGUCUUGCUCUUUCGGCGUGAAGCCGGCCAGAUUUCACGACUUGAUGACCUUCGGACGUUUGGGUUGGGCGGUUUGCAUGGUUUGCCAUUCGCAUCAGUAUUCUCCGGCUCAUGGGCUUCUGUCCUUGCUGC